AUGUCACUAAUUCGACCUCUCUUUGUCGGCUUGGCAUCUGCCGCAGCCCUCAUCUUACCAUCUGCAGCGCGAAACAGCAGCACCGUUGUCUCUGUCCCUAUAGAUUACACCUACUUACUUCCAGCGCCAUUUGAGAGUAACCCAACCUUUAGCUUCCUCAACAGCACCACCACCUCGCACGAAAAUGUCAACACCCUCCUUCAGUCUGCUAAGACUGCCCCAUUUGUGUCCUAUGACGACAAGUUUCUCACCCUGCUCGGCCCGAAUCCAUCUGCCAACCUCGUCGAGGAGCGAGCCUUGAACUUCGCUGGUGAAGCCGGCGUUUGGCUCAAAGAGCGCAAUGAAGUCUGGUACACCACUUGGAUCAACGAUGGACCAACCCAUGUCGAGAUUCUCGAUCUGGCUAAUGGAACCACCCGCAACCUGACCACCUCCAUCCCACUUGAGAACCCCAACGGUGGUUGUUAUCACCAAGGUCUUGUCUACUUCACCUCUCUCCGCGAUGAAACCCGCAACUUCAGUGGUGGUGUUUACACCGUCAAUCCUAGCAUGGGUGAUGCCGAGGUAAUUAUAAAUUCGUAUAUGGGCUUAAAGUUCGACGCUAUCGACGAUGUCGCUUGGGUCACACAACCAGAGACCAACCGCUCAUUCAUGUACAUCACUGUCUUGCCUUCCACUGCUGGUACUGUGACCAACGGUCUUGCCCAAGGUCUCUGGAGAUUCGACCCAAUCUCCAAGAUUCUUGCGCCGGUUAUCAGCCGAACCGAUUUUCCCGUCGCAAACGGUGUCCGUCCCUCUGUGGACCAGAAAUCCAUCUACAUCACUGAUUUCGGUGGAACCCCCCAUGUUCCUGUUUGGGGCCUUCCAGCCCAAGUUGGAAUUCCCGGCGUUUACAAGUACGAUCUUGAUGCCGACAUGCUACCCGUUAACCGCCGCGUUUUCAGCGUAGCCCGCAUGCAAGCCCCAGAUGGAAUCCGCGUCGACAACAAAGGUCGCGUCUGGACUGGUGAGGGUGAGGGUGUUAUGAUCCGUAGCCCUGGAGGCAAGCUCCUUGGUGUCUUUAAUGCUCAGUUCUUCACCCCAGACCCAAUCAACUUGGCUAUUGUACAAUUUGCUCUGGCUGGCGAUAUUCUCGUCAUCCUCGGCAUGCGUCAAUUGUGGACUGUCAAGUUGUCCGAGGUUGUAAUGGCUGCCAGCAACUAA